GCUUUAUAAGCAUUGACUGUGGGUACCAGGGGCGGCCCUACCCCUCUCCUCUCGGCUUCACCUGGCAGCCCGACCCCCCCACCGUCCCCGGCACGCCUGCUGUCAUCACGGGGAUCUCUCCAGACGCGGGAAGUGUGAUGCUGACAACGGAGCUGUCUCUGAGGGCGUUCAACAACGACAGGGACGUCAACUGCUACCACGUGACACUCACUGCUGCUGGCCGUUAUCUGGUGCGCCUGACCUUCUGGUACAAGAACUACGACGGCGAGAACUCACCACCUGUGUUCAACGUCACCAUAGGGCCCGGAUCAGCUGGUCAAGUGGACCUGCGCCCUAUUGGCGACACCCUCUACACGCUCGAAGCCAUAGCCACAGUCAGGGACGCGGCCAUGCCCAUCUGCCUGCAGCGGGUGGGGGACGCCCCGCCCAUCAUCAACGCCAUCGAGAUCCGCCCGCUGCCACCGCUGUCUUACAGCUACCAGCAGUUGAAGGCCGACGUGCUGCUGGUGUGGUGGCGCUUUACUUGUGGAGACAGCCCCGUCAGGGAUCAGACUUUCAGGUACCCCUCAGACCCUCUAGAUCGCAUAUGGCAGAUCGACGGCAGCACGCUCACAGACCACUGGGACCUACAACCAGCCACCCGCACACAGCUGGUUACCACCAGUCACGCCACCGUAACCAUCCCUCGCCCCAUCCGCACCAACACCACCACCAUCACCACCUCCUUUACGAACGCUGUGCCGCAGCGGGUGCUGCAGUCUGCGCGCACAGUGCUAGCACCACCAGCGCUGGCGAAUAGAGGGUUAGAGUACUCCUUUGAUAACCUUGAUGUAGUGGGGGGGGGAGUUGUGGCGGCGCUGGCGUGUGUGAAGACGCAGUUUGGGGAGCCUGCGGCUAUGGAGGAGUGGGUGGGGGACCCAUGCUACCCUGUCACGUGGCCUGGCGUGCAGUGCAGCUUCAGUGCCAAUGCCACUGCCGUCAUUGGCCUGGACUUGAGUCACUCUGGUCUCUCCGGCUCCAUACCUGCCUGCAUUGCCAACCUCUCCUCCCUCUCCUCACUGUAA